GCACGUUACUUAGGACAGUAAGUCACAGAAGGUCCGUCCGAUAACAAAGAUGCUACUACUUGGAUAUGAUAAUCUGAAUUUGCUCCGAGAAUGAAGAACACCACCUGUAUGAUUGUCACUUGAGCAAGCGUCCGGAUCAUAUCGUGAGAACCUUAUGGUAAAAAUUAUCCCGAUGCUCGUCAACUGGCACAACCACCACCGUAAUCAUACUCAACGAUCAAAUCCCUUUGUCGCUAAACCGUUCUAGGUGGUGGUAGGUAGUAUCGUCUAAGUGUGUCGUGUGUCGAAAAAAGUGAAAGAGAAAUGGCUGAACCACGAGAUGUCGGCGGCGAUGACGCCGACUCGGCCGAGGGCGAAGUGUUGAUACACUGGUGCGAACAGCUGCCCGAAGGCUAAAAAGGUGCACGCAGUGAGACUCUGUGCCAAGGAACUGUUCGCAGAGCGCGGGUUUGCACGCAAACUAACAUCGAAGCACGACACGACAUCUUGUGUUCAUCAUCACGACAAGAGCAGUAGAAGAGAAGAGCGCAAGCUUCUUCUUCUAUUUUAGUAACAGCAGAUCUGAUACUAUCCACACAACACCUACACCACGCGGACCUUCUCUUGCUGUUGACCACCGGAGUUGUAGUGAUACACCGCGGAGAAGAUAGAAAACUGUGCACUAUUUCCCUCGUCCGUCGUGGUCGCUACGAAAGUUCUGUGGUUUUGCGCGUGUGGCUGCUUCGUUGUCGAUCUUUUUCCAAUCGACAGUCGAUGCCACGUUCCUGGGCGGGGAAAUGCACCGACGGCACGCCGACGGUGCGAGCAUCGAGUCCUGGGCCAGUCUGUAUCUUGUGGUAGAAGACAAAAAUAACAAAGAAGAAAAAGAACAAGACAAGAAAGGGGUAGCAGAACAGGAGGUGGAAGCUCAUUGCAGUAGGCGCACGAAAGACAGAAAGCAAGCAACGCAGCAGCCACCUCUUCUCUCGGUCGGCGACCUGCUGGAGGGGGUACGAGCGAAGUGCCAGGACCUCUGUGCCGAGCCGGUUGCUGUUGCGUUGUGGAACGAAAAGGAAGUCGAGGAAGUAGCGGCGGCAACUUCCCUUUUGCACGCGGUGCUUGCUAUCCCACAGAAAAAGACAGGCAGGGCACAUUUUUGAUGCGAAAAUCAAUCCUUCUUUCUUACACCGAAAAAUCUGUCAUGGGCGACCUCUUUGCAUGCCGUGUAGGACAUGAAGCACAGACUUUUUUGCUUAUUUAUUUUUGCGUUUGCUUUGGGUUUCAUUGUUCAUUUAUUUUCGCGUUACAAAUAUGCCCUGCCUGUCUUUUUCUGUGGGAUGCUAGCAGAUCAUCGUCUUCGUUGUUCCGUGGCUUCGACCGGCACAGAAUCCUUGUCACGCGAAGCAGAGAGGCCGCGGGGGCUUCAUGGUUCUUUUCUCGACGACACUGUUCAUCUCGUCAGAACGGUUAUUUGUUUGAAGACCACACAAGAAUUGCAGGAAAAGGUGGCCGGCGACGGGGUGAACGCGGCUGCAACGCGCGGUCUUUCGGGAGAAGCGCGACAAAAUCUGUAUUCGACGUCGACCACAGAGCAGCAGUUCGUAGAUCCUAGCGUCGGCUUCUCGGUUCUAAUUCAGCGACCGGGUCGAAGACAGAAGCGAAUGGCCGUGAAGGUUGUUCGCGAGAACGAGCUCGCUGCGUCUCCGGGAUCUGUUGCCGAGCCGGGCGCGGCCUCUUCACGCAUGGAAGACAACCUUCAGCAUCCUCCUGCUGCACCCCCAGUGUCGUUAUGGAAGAAAAAAAACUUGUUGUGUGCGACGGCGAAUUUGUAUUCUUUUUGCGAAGCAUGAGCACGCAGGCGCAGCUUCGCGAGGGUGCAUGUGUGUUUGUUCGCAUGGAUAUCUAUGGACGUGGAGUCUCGGUCCGUGCAUAUUCAACCAUAUUAAUCGCAAUUUUUGUUUUUCUUUUUUAUGAUGCCGUGCGCUAGCGCAGAGUGCUGCCCUUGCGUGUGUUACUUACCAGUCGAAUCCAAAGAGUGCCACAGCGGUGUACUAGUUUUUUUGUGCUGUGAUAAUUUUGGUUCGAUCACUACAGCCACCACGGGGGCCCAACCACUGGGACCACCUCGAGUGGCGCCGGCGCCCCGCCAAUUCAUCUCCAGCACGACCCGCGCCAGCAUCAGGCUGAGGCAUCGUUGUCCCGCGGAGUUCCUCCCAUCGGCGGGAGCGACAACCCGCAUCACCCGCCACAGGUAGGGACGAACGGCGGUGGUAUGCGCUUCAACGAGUGGGGCUUGUACGAGCGCGUGGAAUUGCAACAGCUUGGCAACACGGUCGCGGAGCCGCACGGGCAUUAUGGACGAACACGGAUAGAGGACACCGCCUAUAUAGACCAGCGGGGUGGGCAAGGACAUCACCACCAACACCACCCACCCGCGCCGGAUCACUGGCUGCCUGCUCAUGACCAUAACCACCAGGGCGUGGAACUUGUUUCGUCCAGCGGGUUACAUACAGUAUUCUGUUUCGAUGUUGAUGUUUUCGAUUGGAGUCGUGUUUGGUUCCGUGGCUGCCCCCGUCUUUGUUCGCGGGUUCUCAAUGCUGCAGUUCUUUCGCACAGAACUUCAGUUUUCGCUUCUGGUCAUGGAAAAAAUUCAGGCGCGUCUGUAGUGUAUACUUAUAAAUAUCGCACCGCUGCAGAAGUAGAAGUACGGUGAAUUAUGUGAAUAAACUUUUUAAACAGCCACCCCCGCCUCCUCCGGAGGAGGAAGAGACACCACCGCCACCCCCACUGUGGGAGGAAUACACACCCGAGAGCAAGUUCUUCGAGGACAACAAAAUGCUCGGCGGAGUAGAACAACCGAGCGACCACGGUCGUGCGCUUGUGGAAUCGCACGGCCACACGCAGCACCACCCAAGCGGCAUGAUCCCACAGCACUUGCAGUACGGGAAGGGUAGUGCCGUCCCUUCCUCGGCGCCGAGCGGGGGGAGGAGCCAUGCUGGCCUGCCGCCACACCAAUUGCGGGGCCCCGAGCACGGCGCUCCUCGACAACCACACCAAGUGGCGGCCGUAGAUCACGCAGACGCGUCCGCUCGGCAGGAGCUUUUGCACCACCUUUCGGGUGAGCACUACUUUAAUCACACAACGAAUCACUGGGAACAGAUGGACACGUAUUACCAGAAUCAGUCCAACGUGCCAGGGGGCGCGACUGCGUCUAGCUUUCAGGCAACCCAGAACUCGCAGAGCUUACCCGGUGGCGGAAGUGGGCCCCCGAAUUUUCAGCCAAUGGCUGCGCCCGCCUCCGAACUGUCUGUCGAUGGGCGCGGCCAACAUCUUGGCGGAAUCCCGCAGCACCAAACGCACCAGCAGGCACCAUUUCAAAUGCGAAACAAUUCCUAUACGACUGCACCAACUAGCGGUGCCGGCGCAACCCAUGGCGGCCCGGGUGGGCCCACUGCACCGCCACAACACAUGCAACACCACUCUCAAAAGCAGAUAGAGCACCACACGCAGCACCAGCGUCGGCAUGGGACAGCUGCCUUUCCGGACCAGGGACAUCACCCCUCGACCUCCUCUUCCUCGAGAGCAAGAAACCCACACCAGCAUUCCGUGCAUGAGCAUCCGUCAUCGCAGGCGCACCUGGGAACCACAGGUCCCCCACCCGGGGGAAUGGGAACAUCAGCACCGUCGAAGUCCUCGCAUAGCAGUUUUCUAAAUCCGACUACCUUUAGCAACCACUCGAACCACAGCGGCGCGCAUUCGCAACAUCCGCAUUCAUCCAGUAUGAUAAGUACUGCUGCACCAGCCACGACUACAGCCGCGUUGAGCGUGCCAACGGGGACGUCGAACGCCAGCGGUAGCAAAGGGCCAACAAUACCUCUGGGCCAAGCCCUGAUAAGGCCUUCGAACGUCCCGCCGCCACCUAAGUUUGCGCCGCCCGACCCUCCUACAAACUUUCCAAUCCCACCCCGGAUGAAACCUGUGAUCGGACUGAGGACUGACCCGUCCUCUUCUACCGCGGAGCAGGAACACGGUACUAGUGCUACGACGUCAAGAGGGAUGAUGCACAGCGGUGCAAACAGUAAUGCUGCCACCAGCAUUGUGACCGCACAACAUCACCCACCUAAGCUGCAACAGCCGGUCUUUGUUCCGGCCUCUUCCCUCCUGCCCGCGCACCUGCAACCACCUUCCGCGUCGCAGCAGCAACCGCGCGCCGAUCCUUUGUCGACCAAAACGGUAGGAGCAACUACGCUGUUGAACAGCGAGGCGGUCGGGCCAACCUCGAGGGGUCCGACCCCGGAACCGGCGGGGAGUAAGCGAUUUCAGAUUCGGGAUCCGCACACGGGUGCGGCGCUUGACAUUCAGCGAACGUCGACCCCGACCGGAUACCCGAACAAACUAGGCGAGAGCGGAACUGCAGGCCAGCCGCAACUGCCGCCACACCAGGGUCUGUAUGGUCUUGGCACUGGCGGGACUACAACUACUGCCACGUCUUCCGCCACGGGUGCACCGGAGCAGCACGGCCCUCCCCCGGCUGCUGCAGCGGAGUCAGUUAGCGUAGUUGCUUCCAACUCUGCAUCAAAUCUGGGCCCCUUGAACAAGCAAAUGCUGAAUCACGCCGCCAAGGAGUUCACUCCCGGGUCCGUAUUCACGCCCAACACGAGCGCGCUGUAUUCCAGCUGGGACAGCGACCACACCGCCACUACCACGACGCAUCUCCUGAAGAACGAGAAGUCGGUGCACGCGAUUCGCGAGUUUACUCCGGGCGUGCCGUACGCACCCGCCCAUCACGGCGGAUCCGCCGACGGCUCAGCGCCGGCGGGGAAUCACUUGUACCCGCAGCAGCACGCCGGGGGUGGAAAUAAUAAAGUUGACCACAGUAGUUGGCAGCAGCAUUUCCGAUUGUACAAUUCCGUCGCGCCCGAUAGCUUUACCACGCACCCUACCAUGUUCGCGCGGCACGACGAAUUCAAGUUGUGGCAGGGUCUGGCCGUACAGAACUCAAAGGGGAAACCCAAGAGCCAUUUCGAGCUACGGCUGUUCGUCGAGAACGUCAUACAGUGUGAGCGGCUCUGCGAUGCCCACACGGGUGCGGUGCUUUCCUUUUUGCACGCAGCGCCGGUGUCGACCGCGCUGCAUGAGAUCGAGAACCGAUUCGCGGUCGAAUGGGGCGUGCUGGAUCCGCUGCAAAACCCCAAGCCCCAUGCUGAACACCCAGUUCUCGACGGGGCGGACAUCGAAAACUCCUUCGGGGGUAGCGUACAUCCGAGCGACGGCGCCGAAUCGGGGGAAGUUGCAACUGCGUCCGCGACAGCACCCGGAGCCGGGUUGUCAGCCCGGUCGACGGGUGGACUCCUUGGGGAGCAACGAACACACGACAUCGAAGCCUCACUGCUCUCAAGCGAAAGCGAGGACAUCUCACGAAACGUUCCCGCAUCCGCAGCAUUUCGCCUCUCGAAGUUACUGAGGAUACGCUCUCCCACACAAGGCAUCGACCUCUUUGUGCCCACGUCGGUAUUUUUGAUCUUUCCUCGUCCACAUGUGUUGGUUUUUAAAAGCUAUGAUUUGCGCAGAAACAGAAUUCCUAUAUCGGAGAUCCGAGGUUUAGACAACUCGCAGGCUGUGCCACAAGCUGAUGCUGAGUAGUAUCUAUGCUUUUUGAAGAAAUAGAAAAACUACUUCAGUGCAACGUACCCGAGAUCCUAGAUUUCGCCGUCUUCCCGUGUCGCUUGUUCGUCAACAGACCUGUAGUGGCUAAGUUCGCGAUCCCGACACUGCCCGGCUCUACUACACCGCGCAACAAAACCCGACUCAAAUUCGCGAGCAAAUUUCAAAUCGUUUGGGAGAAGCGAUUCCCUGGAGAGAUCGCGUGGCGACUGAUGGACGCCCAGCAGCUGAAUGUGUGCCAUCCGCAGCCGCACGAAGCGGGUGCGCAGUUGCGGUGCCGCGUUUUGUUCGACGACUUGCUGGAUAAUAUGAACAAUACUCUACUAGACACGCCAGCAGCAGGAUCGUCAUCAGCAGCUGGCGACGCUGCGGGGGCUCUUGUUGAUGAGCAGCACCUGAGCAAUCUGAAGUCCGUUCCGAUUGUUGAAUCGGCAGAGCAGCUGCAGCACAGCGGAGGAGGUAGAACUCGAGAAAUAAGUGGUACAUCAACUAUGACAGGCACCACAGCAGGGAUGAUCAUACAACAGCACCCCGAGCAACAGUCCUCUCCUGCGGUUCUUCACCUGCCCGACGCAGCUGGUUCUUCGAUAAUGAGAAUCAACGUGAGUGGAGGUGCAACAUCUUCACUUGAGCCUGCUCCGUCGCAGCAGGUGCAGCUGCGGCACUCGGGGGAGGAGCUGGACCGCGGCAAUUUUCUGGCGCAGAUCACACUGGACGCAGUGAUUGAGGAAUCGGCGGAACCCUUCUGGAACCGCGACUGGAUCGACGUGGACCAGCUGCAGCUGCAAUGCAGGAAGCUUGCGACCACGACGGCGUCCAAGCAGAGCCUGUACUUCAGCCCACACUCGGAGGGCGAGGCCAGCGACCACGUGUUCCUCCCGACAGAGGAAGGAACAAACUCCAAUGAAGAUGAAGACGACGCGCAGGAGGACGAGGCGAGGUUGCCAACCAGCGCCGGACGAGUACUAGGGGAAGAACCACUUGGAGGGAACAAGCACGACAGGACGAGCAGUGGUAGCGCAGCCCUCGUCGCGCCGCUCACGGUGGCGGUCCAUAACGAUCCUUUCCGGGACAGAAGCGGUAGAAGCAGCCACCUGUUGAGCACACCAACAACAAACGAGCAGCCGCAGGUGAUCACUCCGGAGACGCUGGUUGACCUGUCUGCCGUCAAUGCGCCGCGCAUUGAACAACCUCCAGGAUCAUCCGCUUGCGACCCGGCCGACAAAGCCGGGGCGGUAGACGCCAACGGUAGGCUUGUGAAUCACCUGCCCGCCCAGCAGCAGAGGUCCCCGCUACUGAAUGCCGCGUCUCUAACCGGGGCCCUGGAGGAUGCAGACUGCGUGAACCUGGUGGACCCGCCGCAGCUGCUGCCAGGGGAGGAGGAAGUGAAGUCGUCAGCCUCGUCGGAGAGUACCGGUUCGUCCAACCUCACUACCGCGAUGCCGCUGGAGCGCCGCGGCCCGGCCGGGGCCGCGCUGCACCCCUUUAGCCCGGCGUCUCGCCGACUGAGCGCGUCGGAGAACAAUGUGCAAUCGUGGAGCAGCAGCGGCUCGGCGCUGGCGGAAAACAGUGCUGGAAAUCUGCUCGGUGCAGCGCAUGGUGCUAGUACCACUCAGAUCAUGUUGACGCCUCGGUUAGCGGACCCCGCCCUUGCGGAGCCACAGACGAGUCAAGACCUUCGGAAGACGCAUAGCCGGCACCACCGAAUCUUUCCCACGAUUUCGACGGACAACCCGCUGUUUCUCCGCAGCGCGUUGUAUGGCUUAUAUCCGCCCGAAUCUCCACCGCACCAUCUGCGGGUGAUGAGCUUUAACGUGCUCUGUCCCGAGUACGCCCUCAGCAACUUAGCAAGGGAGCGACUGUAUAUUGCAUCUUGAUAGAGUCAAUUUGUCUCUCAUCCUGAUGGAGUCCUGGGAUUCAUCCUCUUUUGAGCCCUUUACUCAGUAACAUCAUCAACGUCACAGUCUUGUUUUUGGCGCUUUUUAUCUGCUCUCGUCUGCGGUGUCCUAGGCAGUAUCAGUAAUCAAGAAGUGAAAUUAGAAUUAUGCAUUGGAUUUUUACCCAUCGAUCUACCCGAAUUAAUAACAAAAAAACAGCUAUGCCUCUUGUCCAGUGGAGUACCUGGAAACUGCCUAUCGGUUACCGCACUGCCUGCUUGAGCUUCAGCAAGUAAAUGCGGAUUGCGUUUGUCUGCAAGAGGUGAGCGCGCACUGGUAUGAGCAGGGAAUAAAACCGCUGCUGGAAGCGGACUACAUAUGUUUUCACAAGUGCAAGGCUCACAUCGAAAACCGGGCGUUUUUCGUCACAGAGGGUUGUGCCAUUUUCUUUCGCCGGACGAGGUUUAAGGUGCUGCAAGCCAAUCAGGUACAAAGUCACAUUUUCUGUAUGAGACUGCAAUCGUUUUUGUCUUAUACUUAUGUCGUUUGUAGUGGUUGUGGUUGUACAAGCCGUUUUGUUUACUAGAACAACUCGCAAAGCUGAAGCCGCGAGUGUCUCAUUGCCGCGUCUCAAUUGUCAACACGGACUCUCGGCCAGCACGAUUAGUUGUAUCUAUUUGGGAGAAUAAAACGUACAUCAGGUGUCAUUGUCGCAGAUAUCCGUCAGAACAAUUCCGAGCUCGCACACAGUCGGCAUGUCCCCUAGGCUCUCUCUCAGUGAAAAGAAACGAACAACUUGCUCGUACGCUAUGGCAAGUAGGCUAGGCACGCAGGUGCGAAAGAUAUCAAAAAGAAAAUACGCGAGCGAGAGACACUUUCUCGGCAUUUAAUAUGGUAAAACACGGAACCGCUUUCAGGGCGGUCGUGUGCUCGUUCGUCAUUUCGCUUGCAGUUACUGAGAAUCAAUGGUAGGGCAGGGGAGCGCAAGUUUAUUAUGACUUGCUGGUGAGGAGAGGAGUUUUUUGUUCUGAUAGCGGAGUUUGUACCAGCACGCAGAUCUUGUGCGAAAGGUUGAAGAGUUGGAUCAAGUGCGGUUGCCGGGAAUGAAGCGGGUAUCGGAAGUACUGCAGCGGGUCAACAGCGUCGCGCAAAUCGUGCUGGUAAGAAGUAGAAUCUUUUUGUUCAAAAAUAGUAUUUGAAAAAAAUGCACUUGUACAGGUUUUGAAAAUCAUCUUGUUUUCCCAUGGUUUUUCACUUAGGUUGUAGAAAGAAGCCAACAUCACAACAAGUUCAAGUUGUUUUUCACCCGCUUUUGCAGCGCAUCGCCAUCGGCAACGAUGCCCGAGUCUCGCAGCGUCACCGUGCUGAUGCACGAGCUAGCAAGCUGAGGCGAAAAUAAAGUAUGUUUGUAUAAAACUGUGAAUCAGGUCGAGGACUUUGUGUCCAAGGAGCGGCUGGUAGUGGCGAACACGCACCUAUUCUCACCGCCAGCAAUGAAAAACAUUCGCAUGCUGCAGACGCUCACCGUUUUGAAGGAGGUCGAGGCCUUGAUCGCAAAGAGUCAGGCGACCAGCCGGGUGACUCCCAGAACACUGGUAACUACAAUACAUGGUGGGCUUCAUCGCCCUGCUUGGACAUUUAUUACGAUGUGAUUGUGAUCACGGUAGAAAGCGAUAGAAAGGUCCACUAUGUCGCACUCGAAAAUCCUUCCUCUUCGGCCUGUCGUUCUUGCAAACUGUAGUUUUAGCAGCGGAACAAGCGUGUCUAGUGCACAAUUUUGUUUGACGAGGACGUGUUAUAUGUUCUGAAAAAAAGAUUUGUGGCGAUCUGAAUGCUGAUCCGUGGAGCGGUGUGUGGGAGCUGCUUCGCAAGAACUCCGUCCCACCAGAGCACGAAGAUUGGUGGCCCUUCGACCCUCCUACGAAGGCGCCGUUCGUUAUGGAAGCGUCAGGUUUGAAAUCGUCAAAGUUGAAAUAGUUUGUCAUGCAUAAAAUGCAAGGCAUGAAGUGCCUGUCUUGCCGGGAUGGAAAGUGAAACAGAUUGUGAGCCUAUUUAGGGUUUGGGAUAGAGCUGCUAAAGGAGCAUGACAAAAGCAGUCUUCUGUGCCCAAACAGAAUGAAAAAUUGGAUUCCGGUGCUCCGAAGAUUUGUCAUGCGCCGCCUGGAAAUUGGGCUUCCAACUGGUAUCCGUUUUAUGCAUGGCAAAUUAUUUCAACUUUGUCGAUUUCAAACCUGACACUCCCAUAUUCGUCGCUGCAGCAGGUGCGGUUUCCGUGUCCAGACAGGAAGCAGCAGCGCAGACGAAGACGAAAGGCAGUGCGGGUGCGACCGGGAACGCUAAGCUGGCACCAUCCGUUCCAGACACGGGCGCAGCAGACAAGGAUAGCACUAGUACGGCAAAAAAUACAACUUUAUUAGCAGCGAAUGCGCAGCAGCAGCUGAGCGGCGCAGCAUCAGCAUGCAACAGCAACGGCGGCGAGACAGAUGCAAACAAUACGACCACGACUGCGAGCACUUCCGGUAGCAAGCCGCCGCCUGGUAUUGCGCUGCAGCAUGGAUUAGAUCUUCGGGACGCUUACGAGCCACUUUAUGCCUCGCACCAGUGGGCGACCUUCGGUUGCAACGACGCGGGGAGCAGUCGCAUCAUUGAUUACAUUUUUGCGUCCUCCACCUUGCAGCCGAGGCGUGUCAAGCAAACGUCACUGAAAAAAGACCUGCAAGGUCCGACCGGGCGGUACCCCAGCGAUCAUAUCGCAAUCGCGGUCGAUUUCGACUACUUGCCCGCGAACGUCGCUCCUCCGCCUGCUAGGACAUCAACACAAGCAGCAACGACUGGGGUCGUGUCGUGA